AUGGAGAUUUCUCUGUUUCUAAUAGGAUUGACUCCAAGCGAUGUAGGAAAACUCAACCGGCUUGUGAUACCUAAGAAGCAUGCAGUAAAGUAUUUACCUUUAAUAAACGAAGAUCAAAACGAGAGAGAAGAGGGUGAAAUAGUAGAAGACGUUGAGGUUGUGUUUUAUGACAGGACAAUGAGACAAUGGAAGUUUAGGUAUUGUUACUGGAGGAGUAGCCAGAGCUUUGUCUUCACCAGCGGAUGGAAACGUUUCGUCAAGGAGAAGAAUCUCAAGGAAAGAGAUGUUAUCGUCUUUUACACAUGCGAUUUAGAAGGACAAAGCAACAACUUCUUGAUGAUCGAUGUUCAUUACUAUUCAGAAGACGAUUCAGUGGUCACUGGCAAAAAAGUAAACGAGAGUGUUCAUUACAGUUCUGAAGGACAAGUAAAAACACAGAACUUCGUUAAUUCUAAGCUAAAACAAGACGAAGCCAAACCAGUGGAGGAGAACAAAGGAGGGUUUAUGCUAUUUGGUGUCAAGAUCCAAUAG